AUGUCUGCAUCAACUGAAGAAUGUAAUCAGAAUACAAUAUCAGACAAUAGGAGAUUAAGAUUCAAUCAAAAUAUGAAGCUUGCUCUUUACCUUACUCUCCUUUUCGCUGCUAUGAUCAUGAUGGCCUCUGCUGCUCCUUCAAAGAAGACCUGUCACAAGCUCAAGGAUCCUCGUGCCAACGCUGUCUGUAAAAAAUACUGUGGUAAAGUAGGCUAUUCUUUGGGUGAAUGUGGUAACAAGGGCAUUUGUAUCUGUAAAUCUCGCAAAUAG